ACCGUCGACCUACGAGGGGGUUGGUCGCACUGACCACGUGACCAUCUGCGGGCUCUUUUUGAUAGAACAGUGUGCUUUUUCGUUCACCCAACCCACGUAUACUGGGGGACGCAGGACAUGUGUUCAUGAAGUUUUCGUUUCCUUCACUAAUUCAUGUUUCAAAGAAUAGCGUGGAAAAUACAUGUUUGCCGCUGAAAUAUUCGGUGCUGAAAUAUAAGGUCAGUAUUACGGAGUUUCAGCUACGACGUUAGCGGACUGGGACAAUGAGGGAUGCCGUGGGGCGCGCAAUUGUUCAUGAAAAACCUUUGUCAAGAAGACACUGAGUUAAGAUGGAGCUGUACGUGAAAUGAGAAAUGCAUCAGGGCCACAGGCUUUCUGAAGAAGUGCUGGAGCCUCAUACUUUGGACACCACCGAUUAGAAAAGCAGCUUGUGGUUGGUGUGGGUCGACUUCAUCCAAGAAUGAGGAACAAGUAUGCAGUGAUCUUUGUCUUUAUCGUGGCACUCGUCAUUAUUGAAAAGGAGAACAACAUUAUCGCAAGGGUCUCUGAUAAACUCACCACGAGGCAGAAUCCUCACACUCCCCUGAAGCCCACUGUUUCCUCCAUGGAUCCACUGAAGCCCACUGUUUCCUCUGUGGAUCCAAUGAAGCCCACCGGGUCUUCCUCCUCCUCCUCCCCCUCCUCCUCCUCCUCCUCGUGUCCCCCCAGGGAGCCCAGCACCACGGUCCAGCCCCCCGGGAGGCGUGAGGUGACCCUCACGGAGGCGCCGCGGAGGCGCAGAGACGUCGGGAAGCACAUCCUCCUGCUCGCCGCCACCAGGACCGGCUCGUCGUUCGUGGGCGAGUUCUUCAACCAGCAGGCCGGCACCAUGUUCUACCUGUUCGAGCCGCUGUGGCACGUGGAGAGGAGGCUGGUCUCGGCCCCCGGGGGCACCAACUCCUCGGUGUCCUCCCGCACCUACCGGGAGGUCCUUCAGCAGCUGUUCCUCUGCGACUUCUCCCUGCUGGAGCGCUUCAUCGAGCCGCCGCCCGCGCGCCACGUCACGGCCGCCCUGUUCCGCCGCGAGUCCAGCGCCUCGCUCUGCGAGGAGCCCGUCUGCACGCCCGCGGUCAAGGACGUGUUCGAGCGCUACCACUGCAAGGAGAGGCCCUGCGGCCCGCUCAACUUCACCCUGGCCUCGCUGGCCUGCCGGCGCAAGGCCCACCGGGCCAUCAAGACCGUGCGGGUGCGGCAGCUGGAGGCGCUGCGCCCCCUGGUGGAGGACCCGCGCCUGGACGUGCGGGUCAUCCAGCUGGUGAGAGACCCGCGGGCCGUGCUGGCCUCCCGCAUGGUGGCCUUCUCCUACAAGUACAAGAACUGGAAGGUGAACGGGGAGGUGCCCAUCGACGACGAGGAGGUGAAGCGGCUGAAGGGGAACUGCGAGAGCGUGCGCCUGUCGGCCGAGGUGGGCCUGAGGCGGCCCGCCUGGCUGCAGCGCCGCUACAUGCUAGUGCGCUACGAGGACAUCGCCCGCUACCCCAUGCAGAAAGCCACGGAGAUGUACCGCUUCUCCGGCAUCCCCUUCACCCCGCAGGCGAGGGAGUGGAUCCGCAGGAACACCCAGGCCUCCAGCGAGGCUGGCGGCGUUUACUCCACGCAGAAAAACUCCUCCAAGCAGGUGGAGAAAUGGAGGUUCACCAUCCCCUUCAACCUGGCACAAAUGGUGCAGAAGGUGUGCGGUCCAGCCAUGAAGCUAUUCGGGUACAGAUUUGUUUACAACGAAGACAUGCUAACUAACAAGUCAUACAGUUUGCUGGAUGAAAAGACAUUUCGAUUUGUAUAGUCUAUUAAUGCCAGGGGUUUUGUUGUUUUUCAGUACAGUUUUUUACCUUUUUUACCUUAUUUCAGUUUUGUUGAAAUAAAAAAUGUUUUACAGGAAAACCUAAAACAUGCGAAGGGAAGACCAUGUACUGUUUGAAUUUCAAGAUGUCGAACUCUGUUGAGCUGCGUUUUGGGGAUCAAGGUUUACACUGCUGUCUCAUUGAUUUAUGGUGAAGCUUUAUUUAUAAAUGCCUAAAAAUGGAAAAGUUUAACUUAUUUUGAAUGGGUUAACUGGUUACUAUUAUGUACUUUAUUCAAAGGAUCAUAGUCAUUCUCCAGAAGAUGCUGUACAACAUAUUAGCAGCGGGUAAUGGUGGGUUUCUGUACCUGUGACUUCUGUGUAUUUGCAUUGUGUUGCUGUCACAUACAGGACUACAUCCACCAUUACCAGGGUAUAACUCCAAACUGAACGCAGUAAGGACACCAGUGUGUUAAUGGACAAAGACCAUUGAAGCUGCUUGUAGACCACAGGCGCGGUCUUGAGAUUGUGGAUAUUUAAUAUGAAAAUGUGUUUUCAAAAAGAAAACUUGAAAAGAAAAUCUACGUUCAUUGAAGAAUAUUUUCUUGUGACUUAUUUAACAGGCUGUUUUACAGUGUUGUCCUAUUGGAAUGUGUAAAGUCCAUGGGAGUUAUCCUCUUUAUGGAGGUGUGUGUGUGUGUGUGUGUGUGUGUGUGUGUGUGUGUGUGUGUAUCCAUGGC